AUGUACGCUGAUCCAAAGGAUGCGUACGCUGACUACUACUACUACUACUACUACUACUACUACUACUACUACUACUACUACUACUACUACUACUACUACUACUACUACUACUACUACUACUACUACUACUACUACUACUACUACUACUACUACUACUACUACUACUACUACUACUACUACUACUACUACUACUACUACUACUACUACUACUACUACUACUACUACUACUACUACUACUACUACUACUACUACUACUACGACGACGACGACGACGACGACGACGACGACGACGCCGAGUACAGGCACAUCAAGGCUGCUCGGGAGGUCAAGUCGCUGCCUCAGGGGAACAAGGCUGCCUUCGAGGCCUUGAAGGCUAAAGUGGCCGUCACCGCCGCUGCUCCCACGCCCUGUGUACGCACCGCUGUCGCUCCUCGUCGCACCCCUGCUGUUGCUGGCAGCGCAUGGGGCAACUUCGCGGCGGCCAUCCAGCAGGACGAUGCUGCUGGUGCAGCGAAGAAGCAGGCUGAAACGUAUAAGAACAAGUAG